AUGGUGAUGGCGGCUGUCAUUGUGGUGGAGACGCUGAUGAGGACAAAGGCGUUGACGGUUUUGUUGAGGAUGGUGACGGGGCAGCUGGCGUUGAUGCACACCGUGAUGCUGUCGACAAUUGGCGACGUCGACGCCCAGAAUCAUGAUCAUGACGACACUGCGAUUGAUGAUGGCCUGGACAGUCCCAACGGUAAUGCUACUGUGGGACAUGAUGCUGAAGAUGACAACAGACUUGGUUCAGCGGUAAUCUCCAUGCGGGAGGUGGCUGACCGGUUCUUGUUCGUGUUGCAGAUUCUCAUCACGCUCUACUGGGUGGCAGAUAUUCCGGCGUCACUUUGUACGGCGGUGUAUGUCAACAACACGCUGCUUCAAAGGAGGCGCGACAUAGCGAAGAACUACGUGCAGUCUUGGAUGCUCUUCGAUAUCUUAGUUCUCACGCCGGAUAUCUUCACUAUGGUCGGCGAGUUCACGCGCUCCGAUGUCGGUGCCGCCGACCAGGUGGGCAUCGUCCGCGCCGUGCGCGCCGGGCGCCUCUUACGGCUCCUUCGAAUUCUCAGAUUGCUGCGGAUUGCCAAGCUGCUGAAGGUUUUGAACGCCUUGAAAGCCCAGGUCAACAAUGCCCUGCUAUUCCUUGCGCUGAGCAUCGCGAAGUUUGGGUUCCUCGUCCUGUACAUGGGCCACGUCCUGGCUUGCCUCUGGUUCGCUGUGGGCGAUGUGGAGGAUGGCUGGGUGACGGAGAAAGACCUUGUCAGCCAAUCUUUCGGAACGCAGUAUCUCGAAGCGGUGCAGUGGGCCCUGAGCCGAGUGCCCUUGUCGAUGAUGCAGCAGAACAUCAUCUUGAAAACGGGCGCAGAGCGAGGCCUGGCCAUUGGUGCGAGCUUUGUGGCUCUAGGUUUUGGCUCGGUCUUUAUCAGCCGCCCGGCUCUUUUGACACAGAACCUGCUGUUCCAAGUGACCGAUGUUCGGUAA